CUUCUAAUUUCAAGAAUCGUAAUGAAUUUCGAUGAAGCAUCUUAAUCUUCACUCCAUACUUACAGAGUCAAAACUCGUUAAUAAUAAAAAGGCAUUUAGCCUUCUAUUCAAAAAUCAAAAAGAAAAUAUAGUCAUAUUUCCCCUGAUAGAAAGAAUUAGUUAAUUUCUCUCGUGCUUGAUAAAAAACUUAGAAUCAAAGAUGUAUUUAUUUAUCCAUAUCCCUUACAUUAGGCAGCUGUUAUUUGUAGUUUAAAUUACUCUACAGCCAAAACAAUACUGUAUACUUUAAGACAUAGACCACCUAAGUAAGUCGGAUUCAAGCCAAUUUCAAAUUCAAGAAACCAUAAACUCACCAUGAAAAUUCUUAUCAAAGGAAAACUUGUGAAUCAAUAUGAUUUCUAUGCAAAAUCCAAUCAGAGUUGA